UCAAGGUUCAGUUACAAACAGUGCAUGCUACGUGAUGGUCGGGCGAAGAUAAUCACACGAGAUCUAAUUUUUGUUUCAUUGAGAAUUAUUUCUCGACUGUGAUUCCGCCAGUUUGUUAUUCGUGUUGUUGUUAUUUUUGUCGACAAGGGAAAUUGCAACGAAUCAAAACGGAAAAUGACUAGUGUGGCGACGACACCAUUGACGAGUGCCGGUCUUGAGAAUUUGAUGACGACAUUGUUGGAACGUUUUGAGACGGCCCGUUUGGAGGAGGAAGCGGGAAAUGGCAACAAGAUGCGGGUACCUAUGCAGGCUGAAAUUCGAUCGCUAGAUUUCUGGCGUUCCAUUGUGGCCGAAUGCCUGGCUUCCUUUUUUCUCGUCUUCAUCAUCUGCGGCUCGUUCAUUCCAUGGUCGGGGCACACGCCGCCCGCCAUCAGCAUCGCCUUGGCUUCCGGCUUCUCUGUGGCAGCCCUGACUCUCUCCUUCGCCCAAAUAUCUGGAGCUCAUUUGAAUCCAGUCAUGUCUCUGGCUUUGUUGGUCACUCGCAAAAUAUCACCGAUGAAGGCUCUGCUCUACGUCACAUCGCAAGGAGGUGGUGCCAUCGCUGGAGCGGCUCUCCUUUAUGGAGUGACCAGUCCUGGACAUCAAGGAUACCUCGGAGCUACGAUCGUCUCCAACGGCCUUUCCGAUUGGCAAGCCUUGGGCAUCGAACUGUGUCUGACAUUUGUCAUUACUCUUGUUUAUUUGACAACGAUGGAUGAUCAUCGUCGUGGUUUAUCGGCUUCCAUUGGACCCGGCCCACUCACGCUCGGCCUCACUUACACGGCCUGCUCGUUUGUCGCUCUGCCAUCGACUGGAGCCUCGUUCAACCCUAUGAGAUCGCUUGGUCCGGCUUUUGUGAUGAAUAAAUGGGACGCUCAUUGGGUUUAUUGGCUUGGACCCAUCGUGGGCGGUUGUCUGGCCGGCAUCCUGUACGAGUUUAUAUUCAACCCGUAUCGCAACUCGCAGCGCCGCAAGGGAUCCAUCCCCGAUGGUGAUGCGUCGAGCAUUCACAGCGACGAGGACAACUACGACGACGUCAAAUCGACUGUGGCUAAUUACCAGAGCGCCCGCUCCCAGCAUUACGAUCAGUACCGUCCGGCUAUUAGUCCAGGUGGUCCGUCCAAUCCAAUCUCGCCUAGUGGUGGUGGCGACGGCGGCCCUGUCGGUAACAACUGGAGGAACCAACAACGCAUGGAACGAGCCGAAUCGGUUUACGGCGGUACCAAGUCGCUUUAUCAUUGCACCAAGUCACCUGGCCCGCCCAGUAGGUCAAGCAAUCUCAACCGUUCUCAGUCGGUGUACGCAAAACCCCCUGCCGGACCGGCUGUCCAGCCGCCCAAUGUUUACGCCUCGCGCGGAGCUCAAAUGCAGUCGGCACAGAGCACUUAUCUGGCUCGUAAUGUCGACCUCAUUCGCACCGAAAGCAUUUAUGCCACUCGUCCACCUCCGCAACAACCUCCUCCGGCGUCCGGCAAUAGCAGCAGAGCCGAAAGCGUUUACGGCAGCCGCCAUCCGCGUCACAUGGCCGACAUGACGGAUGUGGAUCGACCUGUACGAGAUAAUUCUCUGCUGACGUCGUCCAUCGCGAGGGAACCUGUCUACGCCACACGAACUCAAAGUUCGAGUCACGAUCGUUCCAAACCGGAAUCGUACCAGUUGGAGCCUAUUUAUCAGACGAGACGUGAAGUUGUGCCUUCGGUGGCUACUGUCGAGCCCGCCCAGCGCGGUGAAAGCCUUUACGAUCGUAAAGUCCCUACUUACCGGCCGGAAGCGACUGUGGCUGCGUAUAACCGUCGACCUAAUCAGGAGCAGAUGGAGACAUCCGGGACCAGCACUGGAGCCCCUAUUUCGCCCAGUGACACGUCCAAGGAUUCGGCUUAUGGAUCGGUUCAUGGCAAUACGACACAGAGUCCAUCCGAAUGGCCGGCUCAAGAGAAUAAUCAAAGCAAUUAUAACCAACAGCAGCAGCAGCAACAACAACAACACGUGCCACAUCUGCAUCAUGCAUCCGCUUUCAGUCCUCACCUCCCAAACCCGCCUAAUCAAGGACCUUACCAGAUGCAACAACAACAAGCUGGACACCGACAUCAGUACGCUCAGAAAUUCCGAGCUGAUCUGAUAUCGCCCAAUGGCCAACAGCAACAUUCGCCCGGAUCAUUUCACUCACCGGUGCAAUAUUGAGAAAAGGUAAUAACGGUUUAAAAAAAAAAAAAAUUUCUUUCAUCCUUAAUGGUCGAAAAUGUAUCGUCUUCCCGCCAUUUGUACAUAACCAAGUCUUCAUAAUUCAUUUCUCCGUUCAUUUGCUAUGGAGGUAUUUUCUUAUUUCAUGUUUCGUGACGUGUUGUGUCUAGUUUUAUUUAGCAGGCGAACGAUGUCUACCGUUCGGCGUGACUAGAGAAGAGCCAAGGUCUGUAAACAUAUCUUGUCUUCCCUUUGUUUUUGUUUUCUUUUGUGAACAAUUAUAACUUUCUUUUUAAAUGUCUGUACGUAUCGUGUGAGUGUAUUUUUCUUUUGAAUGGUUCCGAAUUCUCGUGCAUUUGGUUUUAUUGAAUGCAACCAUUGUAUCCAAACAUUUCGUAUUUUUGCGCUUUUUUAAUAUUCAUAUCAAUUUUUGCUAAUCAAGUGCAGUAGAUUGUGUGCUCAUUGCUAGGACAUCGGCCGCCAGCGUCAAUCGAUCUGUUAUAUAAUUACAUGCACAACCCACAAUAAAUAAAAAAAGGGGAACAAAUUGAAUAAAACGUUAAAAGAA